AUUUAUCGUUCAUCCCCAACACAAGAGGGCGCUAGAUACGUGUUUGAGCGGUGUUAAUGACACGAGGAAGGGAUGACCGGGUGUAAACAUGGCGUCUUCCUUGGACGAGGAUGAGAUCUGCAGCGAUGACUAUUAUUCCCUGCUAAAUGUCAGGAGAGAGGCAACACAGGAGGAGCUGAAGGCGGCUUACAGGCGACUAUGCAUGCUGUACCAUCCAGACAAACACAGAGACCCUGAACUGAAGCGACAAGCAGAACAGCUUUUUAACCUUGUACAUGAAGCGUAUGAAGUGCUCAGUGACCCACAAGCACGUGCUAUCUAUGACAUCUAUGGCAAAAGGGGACUUGAUGUUGAGGGAUGGGAGGUGGUGGAAAGGAAGAGAACACCCGCAGAGAUUCGAGAAGAGUACGAGCGUCUCCAGAAGGAACGAGAGGAGAGAAGGCUUCAGCAAAGGACCAACCCAAAGGGAACGAUUAGUGUAGGAAUUGAUGCCACGGACCUCUUUGACCGUUAUGAGGAGGACUACGAGGAUAUGGUUGGAGGGGGAAUCCCACAUGUGGAAAUUAACAAGAUGCACAUAUCCCAGUCAAUAGAGGCUCCACUUACCUCAAGAGACACAGCCAUUUUGUCUGGCUCAUUGUCAACCCACAAUGGAAAUGGAGGUGGCACUAUCAACUUGGCCUUGAGAAGAGUCACCUCAGCUAAGGGGUGGGGAGAGGUAGAGUUAGGAGCCGGUGACACACAUGGACCUGUCUUUGGAUUGAAGAUGUUUCGAAACCUGACGACUCGUUUCUUUGUGACAGCUCAGUGCGGGCUCCAGUUUUCAUCUCGAGGUGUGCGUCCUGGGCUUACCACAGUACUGGCCCGUCACCUGGACAAGAACACUAUGGGCUACCUGCAGUGGCGGUGGGGGAUCCAGUCCUCAAUGAACACCAGCAUAGUCAGAGACACUAAGAGCAGCCAUUUCACCUUCGCAAUGCAGCUUGGCAUCCCUCACACAUUUAUGAUGAUGAGCUACCAGUACAAGUUCCAGGAUGACGACCAGACAAAGAUUAAGGGCUCAGUAAAAUCCGGUUUCUUUGGGACCGUGGUAGAGUACGGUGCAGAGAGGAAGAUCAGCCGCCACAGUGUCCUGGGGGCCACUGUCAGCUUGGGCGUGCCACAAGGUGUCUCCCUAAAGAUCAAGCUAAACAGAGCCAGUCAGACUUACUUCUUCCCGAUUCACCUGACCGACCAACUCCUGCCUAGUGCUGUGUUUUAUGCCACAGUUGGACCACUGGUUUUCUACCUCGUCAUCCAGCGGCUCAUUAUCCGGCCCUAUGUGCAGGCCCAGAAGGAGGAAGACUUGGAGAAGCAGCGGGAGAGCUCGGCUUCUAAUAUAGCAAAGAAGAAGCAGGAGGCAGAGGCUGCUGUCUUGCUUAUGCAGGAGUCUGUGCGCAGGAUUAUUGAAGCUGAGGAGUCUAGAAUGGGUCUCAUCAUCCUCAAUGCUUGGUACGGCAAGUUCGUUACAGACAACAGUCGAAAACACGAAAGGGCGAAGGUCAUCGAUGUGACGGUACCGCUGCAGUGUCUGGUGAAAGACUCAAAACUCAUUCUUACUGAGGCCACAAAAUCAGGACUCCCUGGCUUCUACGACCCCUGUGUGGGGGAGGAGAAGAGCCUGAAGGUGCUGUAUCAGUUCCGAGGAGUCAUGCAUCAAGUGUUGUCAGGAGACACGGAGCCACUCAGGAUACCAAAGCAGUCUCACAGGAUUGACGCUGACACAUAGAAGCUCCUUCACUGACCAAAGGACUCAUCUCUCAGCUGUUUGACAGAAGACAGAGAAACACGUUUUAGACCCAACAUGGAUUAAAAUCCCUGUUACUCAGAUAUUGUGCAUUUACCUUUUGUCUUUAUAUUGCUUUAACUUGCAGAAGGGAGCAAAAGCAUCACAGACUGGAUUGAUUAUAAUUCAGUAUCCAUGGACAAGGUUGUGGCCUGCUUGAAAUUCUAAUGUGACACCUAAAUCAAUGGCUACCAUCUCACGCGCCAGGUCUACUCGUCUCCUUGGUAUCCAUUCAUUUUGGACUGAGUUGUAAUUUAUGAUGAAGUUCCACGUACUGUACUGUACACAAACUGCAGUGCCUGUGUGAUUGAAGUCAUGAAUGCACCUCUGUUUAUUUGCCAUGGUAUUAAAAUGAGUCUCUCUGAUGCUGUUUAACAUGUAGGUACUUGAUCAAUAUUAAAAAAAACAUAAUUUUUGUUGGAUGGUAGUAAAAGGAAAUAUUUAUGA